CUUUAUUUGUUUCCCAUCGGAAGCAUGAACUAGCUGCCAUCACAAAUCGGACAGAAGAGUGUUAUUUCCUGAAGUAAAUCCAAGUCCAGGGGGAUUCGCGGACCGUCAGGAUGUCUCGCGGCUCCAUUGAGAUCCCUUUGCGGGACACGGACGAGGUUAUCGAGCUUGACUUCGACCAGCUGCCCGAAGGAGAUGAGGUCAUCAGCAUCCUGAAGCAGGAGCACACGCAGCUUCACAUAUGGAUCGCUUUGGCGCUGGAGUACUUCAAGCAGGGCAAAACAGAGGAUUUCGUCAAGCUUCUGGAGGCGGCUCGUAUCGAUGGAAACCUGGACUACAGAGACCAUGAGAAAGACCAGAUGACCUGUCUGGACACAUUGGCAGCUUACUAUGUCCAGCAAGCGCGUAAAGAGAAAAACAAAGAUGCCAAGAAAGAGCUCAUCACGCAGGCCACGCUGCUGUACACCAUGGCAGACAAGAUCAUCAUGUAUGAUCAGAACCAUUUGCUGGGAAGAGCCUGUUUCUGCCUGCUGGAAGGAGACAAGAUGGACCAGGCCGAUGCCCAGUUCCACUUUGUCCUCAAUCAGUCCACCAACAACAUCCCUGCUUUGCUCGGUAAGGCUUGUAUCUCCUUCAACAAAAAGGAUUACAGGGGAGCACUGGCCUACUACAAAAAGGCUCUACGUACAAACCCCGGCUGCCCAGCCGAGGUGAGGCUGGGGAUGGGUCACUGUUUCGUCAAGCUCAGCAAACUGGAGAAGGCUCGUUUGGCCUUUGGUCGAGCCCUGGAGCUCAAUUCAAAGUGCGUGGGAGCUCUCGUUGGUUUGGCGGUGUUAGAGCUCAACAGCAAGGAGUCCGACUCCAUCAAAAACGGCGUGCAGCUUCUGUCGCGAGCGUACACCAUCGACCCCAGCAACCCCAUGGUGCUCAACCACCUCGCUAACCACUUCUUCUUCAAAAAGGACUACAGUAAAGUGCAGCAUCUGGCCCUCCACGCUUUCCACAACACGGAAGUUGAAGCCAUGCAGGCUGAGAGCUGCUACCAGUUAGCUCGCUCGUUUCACGUGCAGGAGGAUUACGACCAAGCGUUUCAGUAUUACUACCAGGCCACUCAGUUCGCCUCGUCCACCUUUGUGUUGCCCUUUUUUGGGCUGGGACAGAUGUACGUGUACCGAAGAGACAAAGAAAAUGCAGCACAGUGCUUUGAAAAGGUUUUGAAGGCCUACCCCAACAACUAUGAAACUAUGAAAAUCCUGGGCUCUCUCUAUGCAACAUCUGACGACCAGGAGAAGAGAGACAUCGCCAAAGGUCACUUGAAGAAGGUAACAGAGCAGUACCCAGAUGAUGUGGAGGCCUGGAUCGAGCUAGCUCAGAUCCUGGAGCAGACCGACAUCCAGGGGGCGCUGUCCGCUUAUGGCACAGCCACACGCAUCCUGCAGGAGAAGGUGCAGGCCGAUGUUCCUCCUGAGAUCCUCAACAACCUGGGAGCUCUUCACUUCCGACUGGGCAACCUGGGAGAGGCCAAGAAAUAUUUCCUGGCAUCUCUGGAACGGGCCAAAGCUGAGGGAGAGCAUGACGAGCAUUACUACAACGCCAUUUCUGUCACCACCUCCUACAAUCUGGCCCGUCUGUAUGAGGCCAUGUGUGAAUUCCACGAAGCUGAGAAACUCUACAAAAACAUCCUCAGAGAGCAUCCUAACUAUGUGGACUGUUACUUGCGUCUUGGAGCGAUGGCUCGUGACAAAGGGAACUUUUACGAAGCUUCUGACUGGUUCAAAGAAGCCCUGCAAAUUAACCAGGAUCACCCGGACGCUUGGUCCCUGAUAGGAAACCUUCACUUGGCCAAACAGGAGUGGGGACCGGGGCAGAAGAAGUUUGAGCGUAUCCUGAAGCAGCCGUCCACGCAGAAUGACACCUACUCCAUGCUGGCUCUGGGCAACGUGUGGCUGCAGACGCUGCACCAGCCGACCAGGGACCGUGAAAAGGAAAAGAGACACCAGGAUCGAGCUCUGGCGAUUUACAAACAAGUCCUGCGCAAUGAUUCCAAGAACCUGUAUGCUGCCAAUGGCAUUGGGGCUGUUCUUGCUCACAAAGGCUUCUUCCGAGAGGCUCGUGAUGUGUUUGCUCAGGUGAGAGAGGCCACAGCAGACAUCAGCGACGUUUGGCUCAACCUGGCUCACAUCUACGUGGAGCAGAAGCAGUACAUCAGCGCCGUGCAGAUGUAUGAGAACUGCCUGAAGAAAUUUUACAAGUAUCAGAACACUGAGGUGCUGCUGUACCUGGCAAGGGCGCUCUUCAAAUGUGGGAAACUCCACGAGUGCAAGCAGAUGCUCCUGAAGGCCCGUCACGUGGCGCCCAGCGACACGGUGCUGAUGUUCAAUGUGGCCCUGGUGCUUCAGAGACUGGCCACUCUGGUGCUGAAAGAUGAGAAGAGCAACCUGAAGGCUGUGCUCAGCGCUGUCAAAGAGCUGGAGCUGGCUCACAGGUAUUUCAGCUACCUCAGCAAAGCCGGAGACAAGAUGAGGUUUGACCUCGCUCUUGCUGCGUCUGAGGCUAGGCAGUGCUCUGACCUGCUGAGUCAGGCUCAGUACCACGUGGCCAGGGCCAGAAAGCAGGAUGAGGAGGAGAAGGAGCUUCGGGCCAAACAGGAGCAGGAGAGGGACCAUCUGCGCCAGCAGAUGAGGAAAGAACAGGAGGACAAACGGAACCGAGCGGCCGAGGGACAGAAGAAGCUCCUGGAGCAGAGAGCUUUGUACGUGGAGAAAACCAAGGGCCUGCUCAGCUUUGCUGAGGGGUCGAAGGAAAUGGCCAAAGAAAAGAAGAAGGGAGGUGGUGGACGUCGUAAGAAAGGUGACAUUGAUGAGUUUGUCAACGACGACUCCGACGAGGACCUGCCAAUGAAGAAGAAGAAGAAGAGAAGGGGUGGGAGCGGCAGCGAGCAGGAGGAGGGUCAGGAUGGAGAGAAGAAGAAGAGGAGGAGGAAACCUGCUAGUGAUGAUGAGGAAGGAUCAUCUCGACCCAAGAAGCGUAAACCCAAAGAGCGAAAGAGGAUCGAAAAGAGCCAGCCUGAGCGUUUGCCACCAUCUCUCAAAGGAAAGAUCAAGUCUAAGGCUAUAAUCUCCUCCUCUGAAUCCUCUUCAGAUGAGGAUGGACUGAAAAUAGCUGAAGAAAGACAACAAAGAGACAGUGGUUCAGGAUCUGAUGACGAAAGAGGCCACAAAAAGCGCAUCGCUUCCGAAAGUGACUCGGAUGGAGGUAGGAACCAAUCCGGCAGCGAGGCUGGCAGCCCCCGGCGCUCUGCGGGCUCGGGGGAUGACGACUCUGGCAGCGACCGCCCAGUGAAGAAGAGGAGGGUGCAGCGCCAGUCCGACUCGGAGCAGUCCGACAACGAGAGCAAGAGGAGUCGGUCGGGAUCAGACAAUGACUCCCGGCCCGGUUCACCCGUCGCGGCAUCAGACCGAGGAUCUGAGGUGGGAUCAGACAACGAGGGCUCCCCCCGUCGCUCUGACAACGCCUCCGAACCUGAAGCCUCCAACAAUGACGACAGCGACUAAAUCUUUAAACCCCUGUUCAGGAAUUGUUCCAUGUAAAACUGUCCACAUCUGCAUUUUUAUUUCUUUUUAUAAGCAGGGAUUUCUGUUGGUAUUUCAUGGGAUUAGCCUAGAAAAGUGUAGGAUCCCCCCCGGUCUUUUGGCCAUUUAAUUCUCACGUCCACUGUAAAUGUCUUUUCACAGAUUCUGAGUUUUGUUAAACAGAAACAAAUUUGAAACCAACUAAAAGGUGUAAACAUUAUUUUAUAUCUCAGAUAGUCAGACAUGACACUGGCUGAAAAUGGGAAGAUACACCAACAAAAUGUGAAAUAAAAAGAGAACAAAGAA